CCCACCCCGUGCCCCGCUCCUCCCGCCACAGCCAGCUCUAAGAUGCCCCGCUAUGAACUGGCUUUGAUCCUGAAAGCCAUGCAGAGGGGUUGGUACAGUAGGCCUCACUAAACUUAGCUGCAACUAAGAAUUUCUCCUACAUCAACUGAGUUAAGGCUGAUGCUCUUGUGGAAUGUGGAUUAAAAGUGCGUGCUAAGUUCCCAAAUUUGAGAAGCGGAGAAAAGUAAAUGUACCACUGCCACCAGCAUCAGGACAGCAAACCAAGGGACAAAGAAUUUGACCCGCUGUGUUGAUUUUGGUUAAAACUGGUUCACGUGGUGCUUAAGAGACGUUGGCUGGGGGGCGAGAAGUGGACGUCAGCGAAGGCUUUUUUGGUUACAAAAUGAGGGCUGCUUUGGAGCCAGCAGACAUUGCCAUUGUGGCCCUGUACUUCGUGGUUGUAAUGUGCAUAGGUUUCUUUGCCAUGUGGAAAAACAAUCGGAGCACCGUGAGUGGCUACUUUUUGGCAGGGCGUUCUAUGACCUGGGUAGCGAUCGGGGCCUCGUUGUUUGUGAGCAAUAUUGGAAGUGAACAUUUCAUUGGGCUCGCAGGAUCUGGAGCGGCGAGCGGAUUCGCCGUAGGCGCGUGGGAGUUCAACGCCUUAAUGCUUUUGCAGCUUUUGGGAUGGGUCUUCGUGCCAGUCUACAUCCGCUCGGGAGUGUACACCAUGCCCGAAUACUUGUCCAAGCGGUUCGGAGGGCAUAGGAUUCAGAUCUAUUUUGCAGCGUUGUCUCUAAUCCUUUAUAUCUUCACCAAACUCUCGGUUGACUUGUAUUCAGGGGCGCUUUUUAUCCAAGAGUCCCUAGGGUGGAACCUGUACCUGUCGGUGAUCCUGCUGAUCGGCAUGACGGCGCUGCUGACGGUGACCGGGGGGCUGGUGGCCGUCAUCUACACGGACACGCUGCAGGCGCUGCUGAUGAUCAUCGGGGCCCUCACGCUCAUGUGCAUUAGCCUCAUAGAGGUCGGCGGGUUCAAGGAAGUGAAAAGGAGGUACAUGUUGGCCUCGCCGAACAUCACCUCCAUCCUCCUGACCUACAACAUCUCCAACACCAACUCGUGCAACGUCGGCCCGAAGCCCGACGCUCUCAAGAUGCUGCGCGAGCCGACGGACGAGGACAUUCCCUGGCCCGGGUUUCUGCUGGGACAGACCCCGGCCUCGGUGUGGUACUGGUGCGCCGACCAAGUCAUCGUGCAGAGAGUCCUGGCCGCCAAAAACAUCGCUCACGCCAAAGGCUCCACCCUCAUGGCCGGCUUCCUGAAGCUGCUGCCCAUGUUCAUCAUCGUGGUGCCGGGGAUGAUCUCCCGCAUCCUGUUCGUGGACGACAUCGCCUGCAUCAACCCCGAGCACUGCUUCCAGGUGUGCGGCAGCCGGGCCGGCUGCUCCAACAUCGCCUACCCGCGCCUGGUGAUGAACCUGGUGCCCGUGGGGCUGCGCGGGCUCAUGAUGGCCGUGAUGAUCGCCGCCCUCAUGAGCGACCUGGACUCCAUCUUCAACAGCGCCAGCACCAUCUUCACGCUCGACGUCUACAAGCUGCUGCGCAAGGGCGCGACCUCCCGCGAGCUGAUGGUGGUGGGCAGGGUCUUCGUGGCCUUCAUGGUGGCCAUCAGCAUCGCCUGGGUGCCCAUCAUCGUGGAGAUGCAGGGCGGGCAGAUGUACCUGUACAUCCAGGAGGUGGCCGAUUACCUGACGCCGCCGGUGGCCGCCCUGUUCCUCAUGGCCAUCUUCUGGAAGCGCUGCAACGAGCAGGGCGCUUUCUACGGCGGCAUGGUGGGCUUCGUGCUGGGCGCCACCCGCCUGGUGCUGGCCUUCUUCUACCGCGCCCCCGAGUGCGACCAGCCCGACACCAGGCCCGGCUUCAUCAAGAACAUCCACUACAUGUACGUGGCCACGGCGCUGUUCUGGAUCACCGGCGCCGUGACGGCGGUGGUGAGCCUGCUGACGCCGCCGCCCACCAAGGAGCAGGUGAGGACCACCACGUUCUGGGCGCUGAUGAAGCGCGGCGCGCCGGAGAGCGCCGGCAAGGGCGAGCUGUACCAGGCGCGGGAGAAGGGCAUCCUCAAGUGCAACGAGAACGCCAACCACGUCAUCCCCAACGGCAAGUCGGAGGAGAACGUGAAGAACGUCAAGCCGGAGGACAUCAACCUGCUGGUGACGUGCAGGGAUGACAGCAACCCGGGCAUGUCGGUGAGCCACUCGGAGGUGGAGACGCCCGUGGAUUGUUACUCCAACGGACAGGCCGCCCUGAUGGGGGAGAAGAAGCGCCAGGAGGAGGAGGAGGAGGAGGAGGGGACUGACGGCUCGGCCAGACAUUUGAAAUUCAUAGAUUGGUUCUGUGGCUUUAAAAGUAAAAACGUGAACAAGAGAGUGGUUCGGGAGGUUGAGGAAGAGACUGUUUGUUUACAAAUGCUGGAAGAGACUCCAAAAGUUAAACUAUUACUAAAUACUGGACUGGUCUGUGUCUGUUCAAUUGGAAUCUUCAUGUUUGUCUACUUCUCUUUGUGAGUGAAUAGUGAACUUUUAAGGGUAUGGCUUAAACAUACAGAAGUUGAUACAGGUCUCUGGAGAUUUUUGGUUUUUCUUUUCUUUUCAAACAACAUAACCACAACCCAGGCAUUGUUUACGCUAUAAUUGUAAGAUGGACUCAGCUUUAGCCUAUUUCGAGACCAUUUGAGAUGUGUUGUCCUCCCUCUGCUGAAAGCAGAACCUGUCCUGUGGUGGCUUUUUCUUUUUCCCCUUUUGUGUUUAUUUUUUUCCUUUCCAUUUGCAGCACUAACCUUUUGUUUUUCUGUGUAUAAAUAUACCAAAGGCAGGCAGGUGGCUGUGUUUGAAGUCAGGCAGUUACAGCUCAGUCAGCAUUAAGUGAAGAUAACAGGUAAUCAGUUACCAGUGUGUAAAAUCUGAGAGAUUAAAGCUGUAUCAAAAGAUUUUUAAAUGCAGAGUUGUGAUGCACAUUUAUAAAAUAACUGUAUUACCUUGGCCAACUUAGCACUUUUUAAUUGCACUCACUGCUUUUUUUCUUCUCUUUUUUUUUUCAGUUUCUCAUUUUUCUUCUGGCAACAACAGGAAGCUGUUUUGUCUCAUUUUAUAGCACUUAAAACAUGAUAGCUCUUAGCAGCUUUCUGCCUUUUUUUUAUUCUUUGUAAGGAAUUUUUGUCUUUUGAUUUUUAUUCACUGUAAAUUCCAUUACUGAAAAGUUUCUGUAUUAAAAAAAAAAAAGAAAAGAAAAAGAAAAAAAACUAAAAAAUAAGCCUGGAGAUGACAAACUGUCAAUGGAGGCGGAGGAAAAAGAAAUAUUCUUUCUGUGGGGUUGGUAGUAUGUUGAAAUUGAAGAACCCUAGAAUUUUUAGGGUGGGUUUGGGAUGUCCCUGGGCAGCUGUUCCAGGGCCCUGCCACCUCCGCGGAAAGAAAUUUUUCCUCAGGUUUGGGUGGAAUUUCUUGAGUUUCAGUAAAUGGCCAAAAAGACUCAUUCAGCCUCUCCAGCCUCUGAACCUUUAGGACAUUUGUUAGGAUUAGCUUCUUUUUAGGGAACAACCUGUUUUUGGGUUCUCCAACAUGGGAGAAAGAGAAGCAGGAGGCUUUGCAUGUCUUGAGGAGCUGUUUCUCACCCUGCAGAAGGGUUUUCCUCUGCUGUGUCCAGGAGGAGUCCCUGCAGCCCUGAUGCUGCAGGGGGAGAACAGCUGGGAAGGCAGGGAAGGGGAAAUGGGAGAGAGAGGUGAAAGUGCUCCUUGUUUUCCAGAGUCCUUUUUCCUCAGGUCUUCUCCCACUUCCCCUUUCACCCUGUCAAACUUUCUAAUUGUUUUUUCGAGGAAUCUCAGAAUCCCUGAGCUUGGAGAAGCCCUCCCUGAGUUCCAGCUGUGCCCAGUCCCCUCCUUGUCACCCAGCCCAAAGUGCCACAUUCCUCUGACACCUCCCUGGGCAGCUCCUUCCCACGAGUGACCUCUGUGUGAGGAAAUUCCCUCCUUUGCUCCCUCCCUGCUGGGAAGGAUCCGCAGGGAUUCGGUGUCAGGAGCAGGGAGCGCGUGCAGCCACGAUCUGUGUCGCCAAUUGAGGUCUGUCCUGUCCUCAGGAUUUUUCCAAAAACCUCAAUUCCUCCCUGGCAGUCCCAGCUGUUUGUAGGUCUGCAGAUCCAGAGGGUUUUUGCUGCUGAAGGGUGGGUGCCCAGGCAGGGAUGAGCAGUUCCCAGGCGUGCAGGGUCCCCCAGCCAAGCUGGCUCCUGGUUUUGGGAGCAGAGCCCACCAGGAUUCAGCUCCUUCCCUCUCCAGCACGCAGUGCUCAUAUCCAGGCUUUCCAUGGAAAUAAUUCCUCCUGUCUUUGCUCCUGAGCUCCUUCAGGAGAGCACAAACCAAAAUGGGGCUGAGGGACCAUUGUCAGCGUUCACCAAAACCAGUUCAGGGUCCAGCACACAGACAAGAACCAAUUCCUGUGGGGGAAACCACUUUGUAGAGAUGAAAUUUGGGUCAAUCCUGCCUUUGGCUGCUGGAGAAAAGUUUGUUUUUCCAGUGGUGCCAUCCACGUGGCUUGUAGUAGACCAUUUACAACACAUUUUCAGGUAAAAGGAUUCACUUCUAUUUUUAGAUUGUUUUUGUUUGUUUUGGUGGUGUUUUUAUGUAGAUUAAAUCUCAUUCAUUCCAAUACUUUGACCAGAGGCUGAGCUUGCCCCACUUUUCUCCACUUGGUUUAGUUGUUGCUGCUGGGAAGUAGAACUACUCCAAAGUGGAAAACUUGGGAGUGUUGUCGCAAUAUUCGUAGAGAGGAAUCACCAUACCUAGUGCUGAUGUUGCUACCAACGGGACAAGACACAUUUUCUUAUGAUUGGUUUGGGAGAGCAUCUUAGAUCCUUAAAUCCUAUUCAAGGGUGUGUGAAAUUAAUGGCAUCUCAAGUUGCUUCAUUAGUGGGCUGAGCUGUGAGGGAUGGUUUGAUGUAAAACGCGGGGAAUUGUUUCCAUACAGGAUAAAAUAAUUCAGGGCAACGUUUGAUCCUAGUGAGAUGAAAAAAUAACAACUUGUAGAGGGUAAAGAUCAUCCUCAGCCCGACAAUAUCCUCUUGAGAAGGUUGGGAUGUGGCUCAAACACCCGAUUUUGAAGGGAAGGAGAUUUGUGUUGAGAACUUUGGAGCAGCAGAGCUCGGCACGACUUUGGGAGCAGCAGGAUUUUCCAGGCUGCUCCUCCUCACCCUCGAUGUCACCUCGCUUUGCCACCACCUGGGAAGCCAGGUUAGCUCAGGGACCCUUUUGCCGCUGCCCAGGGUGCCUUAGGGGGGGCGGCUGGAGGAGGCUGGAGGAGGCGCUGCUGGCGUCCCCCUGCUCCUUCCACCCCUGGUGACACAGGGGACACGGGCAGCAGUGACCAGACACAGCCCCGUGUCCUGCUUGGGGACAUCAUGGGCACAGCUCUGUGUCCUGAUGGGGCACAGC